AUGCAUGAACAAACAUUAGGUUCUCAGGUGGGUAAUUUGCUGGUUAUCAUCUCAGAACCUGAGAGAAAAAUGGGCUUCCGCAUGCCAGCUAUUAUUAGGCGAGCGUCGUUUACUACAACCCAUGGAGCCUCCAAGAGGGUUGAAGUACCAAAAGGAUAUCUUGCAGUCUAUGUUGGAGAUAAGAUGAGGCGGUUCACGAUUCCAGUAUCAUUCUUGAACCAACCUUCAUUUCAAGAAUUACUAAGUCAAGCGGAAGAAGAAUUUGGAUUUGAUCAUCCAACUGGUGGUCUCACAAUACCAUGCAAGGAGGAAGAAUUCCUUAGUGUCACCUCUCUCUUGAAUGAGCUGUAA